UUGUACCCUUCCCUCAAAAAAAAAAAUUUUGUACCCACGUUCCGCUGCCCUGCCGCCGCGUACGUUUCCGCUGACCGCCGCCGGCGCCGCCGCCACGCCAUGAUCCACCACCUCCGAACGCGCGUCCUUCCUCUCCUCCUCCGCUACCCACCAUCCCAUCUCCCCGCCUCCCACCUCGUUCCCCUCCACUGCCUCCUCUCCACCACCGCAUCCAUCUCCCCCAAACCUUUCUCCGCCAAGGACUUCCUCGUCGCCGACUGCGGCCUCACCCGAGCACAAGCCCUCAAGGCCUCCAGAAGGCUCUCCAACCUCACCUCCCUCUCCAAGCCCGAGGCCACGGUGGCCUUUCUCUUGGGCCGCGGCGUCCCCCGCUCCGACAUCGCCGCCGCCGUGGUCGCCGACCCGUCCCUCCUGUACGCCAGCGUGGGGAUGGUCCUCGCCCCCCGCUUCGCCGAGCUUAGCGAACUCGGCUUCUCGCCUUCGCAGAUCGUGGCCAUCCUCUCGAUCCGCCGCACGGGCGCUCUCCGCGGCAACCUCCUGUUCUGGGUCCGGAUCUUCGACUCCUACCCCAAGCUGCUCUUUCUCGCAAAGUCAAACCGCGAGCUCCUCAGUGCCAGCCUCGAGAAGGUGAUCAAGCCGAGCCUGACCAUCCUCCAAGAAUGUGGGAUAAGUGCUCGUGAUAUUGCAGGUUUAAGCUUGUACUCCUGUCGGUUGUUCACCGUGAAACCCAAGUUUCUCGUGGACGCCGUGGCGCGGGUCGAGGAGUUAGGCGUGCAGCGAUGCUCAUGGAUGUUCCGCCGUGCACUCGCUGCACUCGCCUUCAAGAGCAAGGACGUUCUCGCCAGGAAAAUACAAUUUUUACAUGCGCUGUGGUUUUCACAGGAUGAUUUGGUGAAGAUCGCCAAGAAGGCGGCACUUGUCCUGGCUUUAUCUGAUAAAAAGAUCCAGCGAUCUGUGGGGUUCUUAAUGAAGGAUGUCGGUCUGCAGGCUUCGUACAUUGCUCGAAGGCCAGCGCUGAUCAUGUAUAGCGUUGAGAGGCGAUUGUUGCCCCGGUACUCCCUGCUUAAGCUUCUCAGGCAGAAGGGAUUACUGGACGUGGAAUUGGACUAUUAUAGCAUGGCAUCGCUGGCUGAGAAGAACUUUGUGCAGAAUUUUGUGGAUCCUUAUAAGGAUAGUGUUCCAGGCCUAGUUGAUGAGUAUGCCUCUGCAUGUCGUGGGAAAGCACCAAAAGGAAGUGCUUGGCUAUAACACUGAAACUGUGGUGUGCGAGAAUCCGUUCAUUUUGAGAUUAUCCGAGGAGUUUUGUCACCCCAAGACUGAUUUUUUGAUCGGUGAGAUCGGUUCGGAGUCAGAGUGCACUGUGAAUUGAUAAAAAGUCUGUACAGUCCAUGUACUGCAUGAAGAAGUGUCUGGUUCCCGGUAUCAUGAAAGAAGGACAGUGUCUCUGAGCUCGCUGAUAUGUAUGAAGCAGCUUGUGCCGGGGAGGUUGCCUCCCAAGUCCAACUUUGGCAUUUUAAGAUAUUGAAGACUUGUUGUAUCCUUCAGUGUAGUACAUGUUCAGAUGGUAACAAUGCAGAUCCUACCCAUUAGUUACUGUCCAUUGUGCAAACACUCUUAGUUCUUAGUCUCAGCAAUUUAACAACUAGUUAUCUGAUUGCUACAAAACAAUUCAUGUUUUUUUUAGGAAUCAAUUACAAUCCAUGUUCAAAUUUUGGAUAUGUGGUACGAAGGAACUAGAUUGUCUUAUUGCCUUAUUGCUCAUGCCUGCUCGCCAGUACUUAUCCCUGCCACACGACUCAAGGUUAUGCUUUAGUUGGAAUUUCUUUUACAGAUUGGUCACCGGAGUAUUGAAAGAUUAGCUGCCUCUUUUCUCUCACGUAUCUGCUCAUAGUGUUUUUGUUUGGACUGAAGUUUACAUCACCAACUAGUCACUGCUGCUUCUUUGAGGUGUUGUCAUUUGUUUUCAGCUAAUGGAUCACUCCAAUUCCAACUGUUGCUUUAUCUGUCCAUUACACCAUUAAGGCUUGACUAAUGGGCUUUUAGAUAGUGGCAAGAGUCACUACAGAGAAGGUUUUCUUAUGAAGCACUUUUAGAAUAACAUUGGUGUUCUAAGGAGCAACAAAAUUUUCCUGGCUGUUUACAAACUGAUUUGGUGGCUCUACGUGCUCUUCGUGGGCUGGGGCUCACAUGGGCACCGACUUCAGAGCCCCGGUAAAAAUUAUGUCGUACAAAGCUUACAGGACAUGGUAUAUAUUACAAAAAUAGUUAUUUGUAUUAGCAUACGUUCCAAAACAAGAAUAUGUUCAGUGCCAUCACAAAACUGAGAUAACUCCCUCCAUGCUACUAAAGUCAUCCAUGUCCUGAUUUUGGCUUAUAUUUCUUGGCUAAAAUAGGCAUACAAAAUAGUAAGUUUUUUCGAAAUAGCAAAAUGUAGGGUAGAAGAAAUAUGUUUCUGUUUUUGGAAACUUUGAUACAUUACUCAUUGAUUUUAGGUUGUUUGUAAAUAUGCUGGAGCAGCUUGGGCUUGAGCAUGAUGGUAUGUGUACUCAUUUGUUGUUAAUUAAAAUGCUUGCCCUGAAUAAAGUUGUAUAUCCAGAAGAAAUGAAUGUGACAUAGGUCCAUUUAGCUGUUGGCUGGUUGUAAUGACUAACAGGAUUUGGUAAGGGAAAAUGAGGCAAUCAGUAGUAUGGUUUGCUUCAGUGCUGACAGUAUAUUUGUAUAUAUGCAUGUCAUGUUCAAAAGACGAAGACCAUGGGUGUAUGGUAUAGAAAUUAAUAUAGAUAUUCAAUAUGGAUGUUCUUUUUAUCUUUGUUUGCAAAAUGUCCCUCAUGUGUGUUUCUGUACACUAUUAAGGUCACUCAUCGGGUGGUAGGCUGGGUAUAGCAUUACUCAGUAGAUGCCAUGAUGGAUCAUUCAUCCACGUGACAUCUGUUUGAUUAGCAUGUUGUAGGCCCAGAUAAGAAUAGCUACCAGUUGGAAUUGGGUAUGAAACAUUUUCUAUCAUUUUUAGGACUAGAAAUUAAACUAAAAAACUUCUUUGGUUUUGUCAAUAGAAUCGACUAAUUCACCCCAUUGAAGAAAAUAUGCGGAAUGACAUUAACACACACUCUUCUAGUGUGGAUCUGUUUUGUGGGGGCAGACAUCUAAUCAUUGUGGCGCUGCUAGGUGCCUCUGCAGCCUAGUUCAGAGGUAACACCAAUACAAGAUGGAGCCGCUGAAGAUGGAACGUUUCAUCAAGUAGAAUUCCUACUGAUGGGGGAGUUCCUACUGCAACCUUGUUUAGGUAUAAUUGCUAUUGAGACGAAAGCUACAUGUUAGUCCGUGUUAAAUAGGCCAUAGGCCAGUUCUUGUUAGAAAUGGAGUCAAGAGUCAGUUUUGUAAAAGAUUCUCUAUACAAUGAGAGAGCGACCAUGAGAUUGGAUCAAGCAAAGAAUUAGAGGAUGCUCCCUCUUUCCCUGCCCUCAGCCCCUGCCCCUCACACACAUCUGCACCUAGGGCCUGCAUCUGCCCUUCCACUGCUCUCAAGUACUCCUGUGUUGAUCCUAAUCUAUCCUCCCUUGCAGAUUACGCUCCCAAAGAUCAAAGUUGUGACAGGACCGCUAGCAAUAUGGAUUCCAAGGCAUCAUUCUGAUGCAACGUUGAUCGUACCAUGAUUGCGAAUGGACUAAAUUACUCGUACAUGUGGGCGGGCUACCCAGCUGCGUAAAAUGGUUCCGAUUGAGAGCGAAAUUGCAGUAAAACGUUUCCUGGUGCCUUUCAAGCAUACACAACUCAUUUACAUAAAACGUCGAUCCCCACUCUUUGAAUAUAUGAACGAGCUCCGUGCAUCAUUGCUGGAGUAACUGGAGCUAAGAGGCUUGAACUGGAGUAACUGGAGCUAAGAGGCUUGAAACGUGUGCAUGUUUGUUUGUUGGGCGUUGUUGCUGUGAAGGUGUGUCGUUGCGUUGCGUUUAUUUACUUAUAUUAACGUACCCUUCUUUUCAGUUUUAGCUCAUGUGGUACUCUCUUCUAGUGAGUUAUGUUAUGCUAUCUUCGUCUUUAUUGUAGAGAUAUGAGGUCGGGGAUACUUCAGUCCUAAUUUGCCAAAACAUGAUAAUUAUGGUCUGUACCAUCUCAGUAAAUAUUUAAAAAUAAUCUUUUGAAGUUAACUACCACAUCUGCAUUUUA